AUGACGGGUGAACAGCGCUUUGUAAUCAGUGCUCGCAUCAUUGGAGCCGUCUUCAGGGACACGCCAAAACUCAAGAUGUUCAUGAUAUCUGUGUUUUGGUCUGACGAGACUGAAGUGAUCAUUUACAGGUCCUUCCAGGAUUUUAAAAAAUGUCAUAGGCAGCUGAAAAAGAGGUUCCCUCACAUGAACCCUUUUCAGAAGAAAGACAGAGUGAUCCCUAAAUUUAGUGGGAAGGCCAGGAGGAGCGGCCUCAACCAGAAAGGAUCCAAGCGAUCUGUCCAACGGAUGAAGUUCCUGGAGAGUUACUGCAACCAGCUGCUGAAGUGCGACCAAACCGUGACUCAGAGCUCAGAGGUCACACAGUUCUUUAUGCCUAAAGACCAUGACCUGCAGGCAGAUUUCACCAAGAACAGCAUCAUGAUCCUGCUGUCGGAUGAUUUGCCUGAUGGGUCAGGUGGAGGAGAGGGGGGCGUUACCCGCCAGCAUGCAGGCAGCGUCAGUCACCCGUUCGUCACCCAGACUUAUCGCUGCGUGGGUGCUUAUGAGACAAAGGACACCAAGAAUCGUCCAUUUAAAGUUGCCCUGGAUGAGAAAGUUGAUGUCUUGAUCAAGGAUCCUGCAGGGUGGUGGCUGGUGGAGAAUGAGGAUAAGCAUCUGGCUUGGUUUCCUGCUCCGUACCUGGAGUUAUGCGAAGAAGAGGAAGAUGAUGACAACGGGUUCCAGUUGGGAGGUGCCCUGUACUGUGCUGUGAGGAGUUAUUCAACUAAGAAGGAUGACGAGGUAGCUGUGCCCAUUGGCUCCGUGGUGGAGGUGUUGAGGAAGUCUGAUAACGGCUGGUGGCUCAUCAGAUUCAAUGGCAAGGCAGGUUACAUACCCUCCAUGUACCUGCAACCAUACAACAACCCUCGUGCAGGCCUCUACAGCUUGCAGAGAAAGCUGCAUAGCUCCACCCUGAACCUGGCUACCAGCAGAGAACUUCAGUCUUCUUAUCCUCCCAGCAUCAACAGUGAAAAUAGCCCACCGCAAGACUCUGCAGGUCCGUCCAGAGGUGAGGCAGAUGUGCCUGGGAAUCUCCAAAAAUCAAGAUCCCUCGAUGUUCUUUCUGAGACCUGGUGCCAGACUGGUCUGCCAACCCAGGCCGAGCGGAACGCGGCAACCACAGAUGGCCGCGCUCGCAGCAUGAGCAACACAAGCACAGAAUCCAGCUUCUCCAGCUUCUCCUCGGGCAGUGAAUCAUCCUCAAGUUUGAGAAAUGAUGCAAAGCAGCAGAGGAGCACUGGCCGAUCUGCAGCCUCACACCAGUCUAAUGUCAGUGAAAGUGAGGGCAGCGGUGCUGAUCUCAGCCUCUCUGACCGCCGCGGCUCCAACACUAGCACUGACAGCACUAGAUCUGCUUCAGUCGCUCCCAGGGUGCCAGCCAGACCCAAGACCGAGGAGAUCCUAAACCGCUGCACCACCAUGACCCGCAAGGCAGCUCUGGCCACCAAGACCCGGCUUCAGAUCCAGCCGGAGACCAUCCACAGCCGCUAG